CGUGUGUCAAGUCGCCGUCGUCAUCGUCGGGAUAGAAAGAAAAGAAAAAGAGGAACAAAAAAAAGUGAAAGGAAAAGCCCGAGCCAGUGAAAAAUCGACAGAUUUUUCCUGCUCGCCCACAAAUGCGUUAAUUAACGCGAACUGCGACGGAGUCACGUGCGUGCGUGCGUGAGUGAGUGUGUUUUGUGAUUUCGGAAGCGCUACGAAUCCUCGAGGAUAAUCCGCACCGAGGAUGGCCGAUGCGGAUUUCGAGGAGUUUCGCCAAACUUUGGAUACUUUUCCAACCUUCAGCAAGGCUCCAGCACCGUUUUAUACACUGCUGCCCGAUGUGGAGCUGGACGAUGAAACGCCGUCGACCAAGAGCGGCGAUGACGCCUCGGACCAUGAGGACCUGCUGAGUGACACGGACUCCGUUCUCAAACCAACGGUCAACGGUCCCAGCAAAACCCAGCAAAUCAUCCAAACCAUCUCGACCAUCAGCAGCAGUAGCAGUGCCGAGGAUGACGAAAUUGGCGACGGUCUGCGAACAACCCCAGCCGUUGUAGCUGCAGCGGCCAAGGGCUCGGACGUUGGUUCCACCGGGGUGACGAACACGACGACCACAGCACAGGAACAGGCUGGUCAACUGCAGUUGACACUGUGCAACACCACGUCGUCACAGCUGGCCCGAACCAGCUCGUUGCCGUGGAUUCCGGGACAGGUCGAGAGGCGGCGCCGCAAGCUGCCGGAAAUACCCAAGAAUAAGAAAUCUUCCGUACUUCAGAUGCUCUCCUCCGGGUACACCUCGCUGGCCGACGAGCUGAACGCCAGCCGGAAGGGCUCGAUCGGCAGCCACGGCCACAACAGCCACUUUCACCACCAUCACCACUCCGGCAGCACCAGCACAAUGCUGAAGCAGAACUCGCUGCUGGCGCUCAAAUGUGGCUACCUGCUGGACGAGGACUCCAGCCCCGACUCGGACCGGCUGCAGAGCCUCGGCGACGUGGACAGCGGCCACAGUACGGCCCACUCGCCGACCGACUUCAAGAGCAUGUCGCCGCAGGCACCGGGACCGGGUGGCCAGGAGCCGAGAACGCCGGAGGCCACCUCGCCCUUUCCACCACCGUACGGGGGCGUUCCGUUCAGCCAGCUGGAGAUGCUGGAGGCGACCCACCGGGGACUGCACAAGUUUGUUCCGAGGCAUCAUGAUGAGAUUGAGGUUGAGAUUGGUGAUCCGAUUUACGUGCAGAAGGAGGCGGAGGAUUUGUGGUGUGAGGGGGUGAAUUUGAGAACUGGGCGGCAGGGCAUCUUUCCGUCGGCGUAUGCCGUCGAUCUGGACUACAACGACUUUGACGCGACCGCGGUCGAGAUGAAGCGGGAACGGUAUCUGUUGGGUUAUCUUGGGUCGGUGGAAACGCUGGCCCACAAGGGUACGGGGGUGGUGUGCCAGGCCGUGAGGAAGAUCGUUGGGGAUGGGACGGAAUCGCCCAAGGCGCAGGCUUGCAUCCUGGAGAUUUCCGACCAGGGGCUGCGGAUGGUGGACCGGUCGAGGAACAAAAAGGACAAACGGCCCUGCAUCGACUACUUCUACUCGCUGAAGAACGUCUCGUUUUGUGCGUUCCACCCGCGGGAUCACCGCUACAUCGGCUUCAUCACCAAACAUCCGACGGUGCAGCGGUUCGCGUGCCACGUGUUCCAGGGCACCGAAUCGACCCGGCCGGUGGCGGAAGCCGUCGGGAGAGCAUUCCAGAGAUUCUACCAGAAGUUCAUAGAGACAGCAUAUCCAAUCGAGGACAUUUACAUAGAGUAAAAAGAGAUUUCAGGACGGAAAGGUGCGGAAUAUUAAGGUGAGGUCGAGCGGAAGUUGGGGACGGACAACCAGAACAAUUCAACCAAAGAGUAACGUUAUCUCAUUCAUUAAAGCAACAGCAGUUAUUGACUUAUAAGACAAACAUAUAGUUUACCAUUUGUUAGAAAGGACAUUUCCCAGAAGAAAAUAACGAAACAAAUAUCAGCAGUAAAAUGUGACAAGCUUUCACCUUCUAAAAUAUUU